CUCUCCCCAAAUCGGCAGCCACUCCACCACCACCACCACCACCACCACCGGCGACGGGAGGAAUCCGGUUCGCGCUGCUGCGCCAACCCCACGCCUCCGUCGCUCUCCGCUGCCGCGGCAGGCAUCUCUCCACCGCGGACCACUCGCGCACGCCCAAUCGUCCUCCCCCACUCUAAAACCAAGAGGAGGCCAGGCCGGGCCUGCCCACCGAUCGAGUGCUCACUUUCGCCAUGGAGGUACUCCGCUACAUCUUUUCCUGCUUCUCCUCUUCCUCCAAAUCAUCGUCCCACCAACUGUGGUCGAGCGGAGCUAGUGACAAGAACAAGGCCAUGGUUGAGCAACUCCAGAGAUACAAGAUUAUCAAGUCGAGCAAGGUUGCCGAGGUGAUGGAGGCCAUUGACAGGGGGCUGUUUGUACCUCCCGGUGCUUCUCCCUAUUUCGACAGCCCCAUGCCCAUCGGUUACAAUGCCACCAUUUCUGCGCCUCACAUGCACGCCUCUUGCUUGGAGCUCCUGCAGGAGCACCUUCAGCCUGGCAUGCGUGCUCUGGAUGUUGGAUCAGGCACAGGGUACCUAACAGCUUGCUUCGCACUUAUGGUCGGCCCACACGGGCGAGUAGUCGGUGUUGAACAUAUCCCACAGUUGGUUGCUUCUUCUAUUGAAAACAUCAAGAAAAGUGCAGCAGCACCACAGCUAAAUGAUGGAUCCCUCAGCAUACAUAUUGCUGAUGGCAGGGAAGGUUGGCCAGAGCUUGCACCCUAUGAUGCCAUCCAUGUUGGAGCCGCUGCACCGCAUAUACCAAAGGCAUUGAUCGAGCAGCUUAAGCCCGGUGGCAGAAUGGUGAUCCCAGUCGGGACUACAAUGCAGGAUCUGAAAGUCGUGGACAAGAAGCAAGAUGGCUCCGUCAGCAUAAGAGACGAGACGGCUGUGCGCUAUGUGCCCCUCACUAGCAAGGAUGCUCAGUUGCGGGGCUAACUGAAUAUCAAUACAUAAUCUGCUGAAUGCAACCUUCUACGCGAGAUCCCAGUUCUUCAAAACUUACAUCAAGAUGUUAUCAUUGUACAUAAUUGAUCCUACUGUGUGUUUGUGAAUCGCCGGUGCUUGUCAGCAACGUUGGAUGUUGGCUCGUCAUGAAGCAUUUGAAGUUUGUGGCUUUGUGCUAACCUCAUUAUAUUGUGCAGCAUGUUAGGCCCCUCUAAUGAAAUGUCAUGUUCACACCCUGGCAGGCUUAGACGAACGUAUCCUGCAGAACUGAUGAAAUUGUUAUUAUGGUUUUAAUGAGAUUGCUCGUUGGACAAUCUCCGUUUGAAUCAAUGGCCAAGGAGGGUGCUUGCUUGCAAAUUCGGUGAACAGCAGCUUUGGAAAAUAAAAGCAUAACACAUAUGAGCACGGCUGUGCUGCCAUACAUUUGCUCCUAUUUAGAGUAUAUAAUGUUGGAGAGAAAAACACUAAGGACAUCAUUACAAAUAUCCUACUUAGAAAGUUGAACUCAUAUUGUUGAGAAGAACUUGACAUAACAUCAGCUUGAAAGG